AUAGAGUGGCAUGCAGGAAGUGAUAUUUUGUAUAGUUAAUAGGCAGCUAUACUUGUUGAUAGCUAGUCUGUUGCCGCUAUGAAAUUAUUGAGAGCUUGUGCUGGAUUGUUAGGCCUUUUCCUCUGCAGUGCGAUUUGUGCUUCAGCUGGAAAUAACCAAAGUAAUUUUGGAUCGGAUUUUUUUAUCGCUUUCUCAAAAAACGAAUGGCAACAGGAAGCAUUAAAACUUUUUGUUUUUACUUCUAACCCUGACGCUGUCAACUUUAUAGUGACUUCACCAAGUCAAAGUUUCUCAUUCGUUGGAAAUGUACAAAAUGGCACCGUGGUGGAAGUUACUGUUCCUGCAAUACUUGAGUUGCAAAGCUCUCUUGAUCGGCAAAAGGGUAUUUGGGUAACAUCUACAAAUACUCAAAACACAUUGUCCAUAAUAGCUCUCAAAUCAGCCGCUUUGGUAUCCGGUGGCUACUUGGCUCUGCCACCUCAAAACUAUACCGAUCUACAGCAGUAUACAUAUUAUGGAGUGAGUUAUCAGAAUGAUGGGGGUCUGCAGUGGGACGUAAAAAGUGGAAUGCUUCUCGUUUGCAGCUAUGACAAUACUCUGAUAACAAUUACACCAUCACAACAAAUCUCUAUUCCAGAAGAUCUAAGAAAUUCUGUUAACUAUCAGAGCAUUAUCAAUGCUGGUGAGUCUUACACCAUUACAAUGCAAUCCCUUCAGACCUUUUCCUUCGAGAGCUCGCAAGACCUAACGGGCACAAAAGUGACUGCGACUAGGCCUAUAUCUGUAAUAACAAGUCACGAAUGUGUUAACGUUCCUGCAUUUGUCCCUUUCUGUGAUCAAAUUGUUGAGCAGGUACCUCCUACUGUAACAUGGGGACGGUUUUUUCUUGUGACUUCCUUGCAUACUCGGACGACAGGUGAAAGGUACAGAAUAGUCACUUCAAGAGCCUCUACAAGCGUAAUCGUUAGGUGCAUUCGAUCUGGCUUUAUCUUACCUGAAACCAACACAACGUCACUAGCACUGAAUCUAGCUGGCCAAACUAGUGAGUUUGCAGUUGGACCAAAACGUUACUGUAGUAUUCAAGCUACCAAGCCAAUAAUGGUAAUUCAGUUUUCUCUAGGCUACUCUCUUGACCAAAUCGGUGAUCCAUUUAUGCUUUAUGUACCUCCAGUCGAACAAUUUACAAAUGAGGUAACAGUUUAUGCUCCCCCUGAUUUUCAAAACCACUUGUCUAUUAUUGUACCAGUUGAAUUUUUUAAUCCUGAGAAAAUCUCCAUUCAAGGGGUCUUGAUCCCACCUCGAACAUGGUCGCCGAUAUAUUGUUCAAUCUCUUACAUUUGCGGUUAUGGUGCUGUGCUAGGUAUUACUACUGGAGUUAACUAUUUGUAUCAUUCUGAUGCUUUUGCCAAGAUAGGUGUGUUAUCUUAUGGUUUUGAGUACCACAGUGCCUAUGGGUAUCCUGCUGGUAUGGAGCUAAUGCAGAUAGCAGAUGUGUGUGCACAUGGAGAUACUCGAUUAGUUCCUAUCAUUUCAUUGGAAGCUUUGGGAAGAGUGGAAGUGUGUCUAAGUGGAGCAUGGAGCAGUAUAUGUGGAUUGAACUGGGAUACUGCCGAUGCUGCUGUAGUUUGUCGACAGCUUGGCUAUACCUCAAAUGAUACAGAUGUCACUGCUUUCAGUAACAAGGCAGUUACUUCGGCCAUACCGUUCCUGUUCACCAACUCUCUCUGCAUUGGUAGUGAAUCAAGAGUGAUUGACUGCUCCUACACAAGUGGAAUCAAUCAGUGUUUAGCCGGGAUAGUUGCAUAUGCUCAGUGUGAAACUCUUCCACCUCCUGAUGUGAGGGUUAAAAUUGAUGGGACUGUUCAGCUCAGAAGCACAAUUACCAUCACAUGUGAAGCACAAUUUGCUUUUGAUGUCCAGAGUGGCCAGGUUCUGUUGUUUUGGACCAAAGAUAGUGCCACAGUACUCGCAAACAGCAGUGGGAUUUUUGUUGGUACAGUAGUGCAAGUCAGUGGAGCCAACACCUAUCAAUCCAACAUUUCACUGAACAGCAUUACUGAGAGCGACAGUGGAAUUUACACAUGCACCGUGUCUGUCUUUCAUCCUCUCGUCGGUGACCACCCCGUGACUCAGGUGGGAAUUGCUGCCACGUAUAUUGCGAUUCAAUCAUUUGAAAGCCAAUUAAUCCAGCUUAGACUGAAGGGUGUAGGAGACUGUAGUGUGUGGCUAUAUCAGAUUUCUACCCCAACUGAAAAAGUUGAGCAGCUUACUGAUACUAUCAUUGAGGGAGCUAAUGGCUUGUGUUUCUCAGGAAACUGUGGUUUGAUGGCUAAUCAUUUUACGGACUCAGCGUUUCAGUGUUUUGCUCAACAUGCUCACGAGGUUACUUUUCGAACCUCACUUCAUGAAACGGGCCAAGUCAGUGUCAUGGAGCUAAUCAAUGCAAUCUUACAGUGGAUUGAUGCCGGUGCUGUCACAAGUAUGAGUGGUGUCCUGCUCACUAUUGAUCCCCAGUGUGAGGUUAUCAUUGAGUUUAUCACCGACCCAGAGUGUACAAGUGCUGUUACACCACCGUACCCUUUCACCACCAGUCUACCUGUCUCAAAAGAAACCACAACACACCAUACUAGUUCCACUACUUCUAUUGUCUCAACUACAGAAAAAUCAACAAAAGGUCCAGAAGAAGAUAAUGGGAAAGUCGUCAAUAUGGAGGCAAUCAUUGCAGGAACUGCGGUUAUCAUGUGUGUGCUCAUUCUUGCAAUUCUAAUGGGUGUCAUUGUGUUAGCUUGCCUCCGUAUCAAGAGAAAAAGUCAAUCUUCACGUAACUUCUCAAGGGGGGUGAUUUCUGUUGUAUCUCCGUUUCCUCCACCUACGUAUGACACUGCAGUAGACAAGCAGCUACAGGCAGCACCAUCAACUGACGACAACAAAGAAGAGAAGGUGCCGCCGGAAUAUUCUGAGCUUGAUGAGUAUUGGAAGAGUUAUAAUAUGGAUCCAAGAAGCACCACUACCUUAUAGUUAUAUAAUAACACGCUUUUCCGAACAGUAAUUAUUUUUUUCAGUGGGUUUUAUGGUGUAGUUAUAGUGUGCAAUGAAUGGAUGUGAUGCAAAUCUUAUAA